AUGUUGGAUACAGAUUUGUUUGAAAGAGUAUUAGAUACGCAAGAAUGUCAAAGACAACUGGAAUAUAUUCGGCGAAAUGAUACUCUACUGAUGGCUCAAUUUUUCGAUGCUGGAAUUAGAGUACCAAGAGGAAUUUUAUUGGGAAACUUAGCAGACCUAGGAAAUUACCAUCAAUGUCUUGGUAUACAUGAAGAAGUGGACGAUAUGUCAAUAGAAGGAAAAUAUUGCAUGAUAAGGAUUCCAACGAAUCAAAAUUUACAACUAGAAUCUUCAUUUGAAAAAUAUCAGUCUAAUUUCGAUCCACGAACAUUACGUUUGCAUAGCAUAACAACUGAAAAACUUGUGGAAUACAACAGUAAUAUCAAAAAAUUGAGAUCCACAUUCGGUGGUGAAUUUGCAGAUUUUCGAACAGAUCAAGGGAGUCCUUUAUCAGGACUUCAGUUUAGUUUGGCACUAUGUGUUCCUAAAGUUUGUACGACAGAAGAAACUAUAACUGGAUUGUUAUUUAAUCUGACGUCAGUGGGCUUGGAAUAUGAAGAUCGUUAUUGUCGACUACCAAAUGACAAACCAUGGGCACCAGUUGAUUACAUCGCAGUAAACGGAACGACACCGUAUUGCCUUUCGCCUCGCCGUCAACCUAAUGUACAAAAGCGGAUCAGCAGGUCCGAUCCAAAAGAAGCAAAUGAAAUCUUCAUUUCCUUUUCCGCUUUGACAAACUGUCGUCGUCUUUUAGUAAUAAAAACAGAUCCUAAUAAUAUACAAUGUGUGGAUGGUAUCCGUUCUUUGGCCAUUUUCUGGGUGAUUGUUGCUCAUGUCUUCCAAACUAUUAGCUUUAAUAUAGCCAAUCCAAUGUACGCCUUUGAGUGGAUUCAACAAUAUAAAUCAAUCUGGAUAUUCUCAGCCACUCUAACAGUCGAUACUUUUUUCUUACUAAGUGGUUUACUUCUCGUUUUCAUAACAGCGAAAAAGCUUACGGGAAAACAGUUGAUAAAAAAUCUACCGUUUUUUUAUCUGAAUCGCCUUUUACGUAUGUUUCCUGUACUGGCAGCUGUAGUGCUCUAUGAAGCAUCAUUCUCAAAUCGUGUAGCAGAUGGACCAUUAUGGCCUAUGCUUGUGGGUAAUAGUGUGCACAAAUGCCGUACCUUUUGGUGGACCACUUUGCUGCACUUGCAAAAUUUUAUCAACCCAGAAGAAGCAUGCCUGGGCUUAACGUGGUAUCUGGCUAUUGACGUACAACUUCACAUAUUAUCACCAAUAGUAUUAUUUUGGGUUCUUGGAAGAUCUAGAGUUACAGCGUGGGCAGCUGUCAUAGCUGCUGCAGUUGCAUCUAUAUCAGCUUCAACAAUAUAUAUGUUUACAAGAGAAGGAAUAGAGGAAAACAAUUACAUUUUAUACUAUGUUAACAUCUUGACACGCGCUCCACCUUUUUUGUUCAUGAUUGCUAAUAGUGAUUUUAACAAUAGAACAUUAGUAACAUUAUUGGCCUCAAGUUUGCGUCCUUUGUGGGCGCUAUGUCUUGGAUGGAUUAUAUUUGUUUGUGUAACUGGAUACGGAGGUCCUAUAAAUUGGUUUCUUUCUCUGAAUAUUUGGAAAAUUCCCGCUCGUAUUUCCUAUGCGAUGUAUUUAAUACAUAUAUCCAUAAUGUUUACUAUAUAUUCGACAAAAUUACAACCAGUGUACUUCUCUAUUGGAUCUGCUAUGUUUGACGUUUUCGGUUUCCUGUGGAUAACAAUGUUCGUGUCUUUUUUCCUAACGGGGCUCAUAGAUGCUCCAUUCGCUAUUCUUUUCAAAAAGUUAUUUGAAUAUGUUUUGAAGAAACCGGAUUCAAAUAAGAAGACAAGAAUUGAACAAAGUAAUCAAAAUGAUAACGUGCAAAAUGGAAACACAGUCACAAAUAACAAUAUGUGACGAGAUCAGCAGAUUACAUAAUUGUUUACGAUUAUAAGACAUCAUUAAUUUACUAAGACUUGAUGAGCUACGCGAUUGCUAUUUAAUGUGAAUUCAUCAGUGGAUUUUUGAUUUGUAUAACUUUUUUGUUAAUUCUUUAUGACUAAGUCGUCCAAAAGAUGUUAGAUACAUGUAAUUAGGAAGUAUUACCUACUUCGUAGGUAGUACUUUCUAUUUAGUAUUAAAUAAUAUUUUUCUACUUCCAAGGAAAUAGGAGAUGAAAGUCCAGUCAUUGUUCAAGUUAUUUCCAUAAAAUUUGGUAUUUCAGUUUUCGGUUACAAAU